AUGGCUUCAAAGCUCGUUCAUAAUAUUCUUGAGCUUACGAUAUCAGAAAUGUUUGGAGAUAAAAGAUUAUAUAAUACAGGAAUUGGCUUUAUGGAUUCCUUCUUUUUGUGGUUAUUAUAUAUUCUCUUUUUUGAAGAUUACGAAUUCCCAGCCGAAUUGUACCAACGAGACACUGGUGAUUUCACUAUACCCGUUCGCACCCUUCUUGACUUUACACCUCACAUAUUAAAAGAGAUUGAUCAAGAACCUAUUCGACCUCGACAAGACAGUGGUUGGACAUCAUUUGACUUUUCGAGGAAUCCGAUUGGAAAGCAUGCAUCAAAAAUAUCUUCUGAAAGAGUAUCAGUCAUUGGCGAAUUUAUUAUGGAGUGUGCUAAAAUGUAUAUGGAAACACAGCGAUCAGAUCCUACCAUGAGUAAUCCACGCCAACAACGCAGAUAUGAAGAGGAAGAAGCAAAAAGAAAAGCAGAAGCAGAAGCUAAAAAAAAGGCAGAGAAGGAAAAGAAAGACGAAGGCAAAGACGAAAAGAAAGAACCAAAGGAUGUACAAAAAACUGAUGAGCAACAAGGAAAUGUAAAUGGGAUGCUCCUCAAGUCGGCAGCUGUAGUUGGUGCAUUAUCAAUGUCGGUCUAUUCAACCUAUCACGCAAGUUCAUUGCUGGGAGAUGUGAAGUUUCAUGAUCAACUAGAGCUUUUACUCACUCAUGUUGAGGGUAUCGUACAAAGCACAAGCGUAUGGAUCAGUGAAAGAGAGAAACUCGGGGACUUUGUACCAGAGCAGGUUAAGAAAGAUCUCAGUCAAUUGAAACAACUGAUAGAGUAUCUAGGAAGGUUGGAUCCAAGGUCAGAGAAACGAACUGAAGCAGCGGGCUGGGGAAUUGGUGCGGUAGGAAGUCUUUCAGUGCUGGGAGGCGUUGCGUAUGGUAGUGCUGCUAUAAUGACCGGCGGGGCUGUUGUAGUCCUUGGAGGACUAUUGGUGUCGGUCUCUACUAUGGCACGUUACUCUGGAAAACGAACUGAAGGUGCUCGCGUAGUACUUGAAGGUCAAGUACGAUCUAUACUGGAGACAUGCAAGAAAGAUCAGCCAGCAAGACAAAGGGUUAUUAAUAACGGAUUCACUGCCCCUGAACUACCAGAGAUGCCUCAUGUACCCCAAACAGAUCCUCGAACCAGCACUGAAAAGGUAGAAGAGAGUUUUGAUCUCUACAUGUAA